AUGACCCUUCUCCAUUCGGGAUACCAGCCGACCUACCAUCCGGCCAAGGCUUCCAACCGUGAUCUGAGUUGGUUUUCUUGAUUUUUUUUUUUUGGCUAUUUCAGUUAGAUCAAGGGUGCUCCAUUGAUAAUUUUUCAUUAUUUGAAGUAGUUUUGAGUUUCGAGGUCAUUUUCAAGUUUUUUUUUUUUGAGUUCUACGAUCAUUGACUGUCGUAGUUAGAUGGCUAAGCUCUGUUGGGAUAUUUCAAUUUUUGAGACUAUUUUGAGCUUCGAAGUUGUUUUCAAACCUUUUCUGAGUUCUACGGCUUUUUUAAUUGGAUUUACUGUGCCCCAUUGAGAAUCUAGAUUUUUUGAGGUGUUUUAGAGCUUUUCAAGUCGUUUUCAAGUUCUUUUCGAUCUCUUGAUUAAAUUAUCUCUUUUUUAUCAUUUAAUAGGAGUUUCCAGUAGUAAAACUCAUCUUCUAGCUUUCUCUGACCUCUAAUUUGGCGAUUUAUUUAGAGAUAGUUUGCUCCAACGAGAAUGUUUCAGAUUUCUUGGAUUUCAAAAUGAUUUUCUAUCCUUUUUUGUGCAAAUUGAUCUUGUUAUAUCGACAAUUCUCUGUUUGAGCAGCCUUCCCAGCUAUUUUCGAGAUUGGUCUGUUUCCAGUCGGCUUUCACGAGAAUUAUGAGCCGGAGUCCGUUUAACAUAUUAAAAUUUUCCAUUUCCUCAUUCUCAAGUACCCCCCGAGAUCAUCUGAUAGCUGUUUGUGAGCCGUCGUUAUCUGUUUACUCAGCCUUUUUAACAACUCGAGCGUUUUAUCAAGAGAUCUAUGGUUUACGGUGCGAGUUCCUCAAAUAAUUUUGUACUUUUUGUUAUUGUUUUUGGACAUUUUGCAAAUUUUUGGUUACCAGGGGAAUCUAGAAGCUAUUUUUGAUCUUUCAACAUCCUCCGCUGAGAAUCUCAUAAUUUAGGAGGUCUUUUUUUUUUGCGCUCCGCAGAGAAUUGUCAUUUGCACACUCCUCAACCGGAAGUUAUCGAAAAUUCCUCCUCCAAAAAAUUGGUUUUUGAUACUUUUUUCUGCAAAAAACUUGCUGUAAAACCCAAUGAAAUGACGAUAUUUUCCAGUUAGUUUCCGUCAAUCACCCCACUUCCACAUUAGCGUUCGUUUUUAGUCGUUUUGUGUUCGUCUGAGAAUGGUUUUUGGGGCAAAUUGUUCGGAAGAAGCCAUGGAAAAUUAGCCAGUUUUCACUGGUAAUUGGCUUUUGGAGAAGUUGUUCAAGUUCUUUUGUUUCUGUAGAAUGGAUUGGGUGAGAAUUGAGAAGAAAAUUGGCUUUACGCAGUUUUGGGGGCUAAUUUGAAUGCCCAAGUGCGCUCAGAUGAGAAAUUCACCAAUUUUGAGAUUCAGAAAAGAUUUCGAGAAGUGUAUAUUUUUUUGUGAAGUUGAAAUUUGCUCCAUUGAGAGUUUAGGAUAAGUUUAGUGAUUUUUUUUUCAAGGGUUUUCAAGGUAGUCUCCCAGUUCCUUCCAAUCAAAGAAACGAAGUUUAACAUUUUCUGCCCCAGUUUUCAAUCAACUAAGUCUAAAGAUUGUUUUCUUCCUGAAAAAAAAAGAAACGAAAUGGAAGCUCUUCUCACAUGAUGGUGGUAAUACAACACCAGGCGUCUCCCCAAAAAACGAAAAAAAAAAUCAGCCAUCUGUUGGGAAUGAAUAUAAAUAAUGCGACUUGUGACUUACGGUUGAAAAAAGAAAAGAAAAGAAAAAAGGCAAUUUCAGUUUUUUUUGUUGAGAUGUGUUGACGAACUUUUCGAGACAUGUGAUGAUUUUCGGCGGGUUUAUAAGUGGUUUUGGCUGGACAUUGAUAGUUUUAUUCGUGUUUUCUUGAGGUUUUUGAGGUCUAUUCACACUUUUUUUCAGCGAAAAUUGAAGCUAAUUUCAAUAUUUUGAGCUUUUUCCAAAGUCAAGCUGCUCUCGUGAAAUAAUUUGAAGCUCGAGAAGGCUUUUUGUGCUUGUUUUAAGCAUUGAGGUCAUUGGACGAUUUUUUUUUUCCGAAUUUUUCCAGUGAAAAGUGGAUUUUUCUUGAAAAAUUCGUCAAGAAACGUUCAAAUAUGCGCCAGUGCGAGUUUUAGAGAAAUUUGAGUAUUUUUUUUUCAAGCUCAAAUGAGCUCCAUUAAGAGUUUUGAGAUUGGCCAAUUUUUUGGGUGAAUUUUUACUUUUUUGAGUUGAAAAUUUGCCUUUUUCGUGUGCAAAAUUUGUCGAAUUAAAAAUUUUUGUUGAAAAAUGGCGUGUUGAUCUGCUUAUUUGUACAUAUGUACAAUAUUUUCAAACGCUAUCGCUUGACUUGUUAAUCGAAAGGAGGCGGGCAGAAACGGGUCACAUGGCCACAGACGCCGAGGCGCAGUUGUACAAUAGGUUCGGCCGGCCCCUCAAAAAUGCACGUGAUGGGGGGAUAGGAGAGCUCUUCUCAACAUUAUAAAUCGUAUAAACAAGCAACAAAACGGUCCUCUUCGCUUCAUUCGUUCUAAAAUGUUCCAAUUUUUCAGCUUUUAUUAUAGUAGAUAUAACUACCUUUUCAUGAAAAUCGAAAGUUUCUUCUUAUUCUUAAUUUCAAAGCUAAUUUUCAAGACCAUCCAUGUAUUAUUACAAUCAUUUAGCACUUUAUUAAAAAUAUUCCACGACUAUGUUUUUUUUGUUUCAAAUUUUUUGUUGUUUACAGUAUGGUUAUUUGUGUGUUGGUGUAUGCACCAAACAUUUAAAAUUACGCGCAAAGUUUGGCGCGCCUCAAAAAUUGUCAAAUUUUUCAGUUUUCUCUUUCUUGUUUUUGAAUCUGUUCUUUUUUUGUAUCUCUAAUCAUUCUAACGAUUCACUGCUGUUAGUUUUGCGUAUAAAGGGGAUGCAAUUUAUAAAAAGUUGCGUGAAAAGUUAACAUUUCUUACUGUUCAUUUUUCUUGUUACGAUUUGUCAGCGUUUUUCUAAUCGAUAAGGUAUGAUGAUUACUUUAUAAACAAUAUAGUUUUUCUUUAUAAAUCUAGAUUCAUUAACAACUUUUUUUCUCCACUUGAAAAAUUCCUUAUGAGUUUUUUAUAUAUUUCUUUUUUUUUCAUUCAAGUUUUUAAUCUGGAUGUAUUUUCAGAGCCCCCGACUCUCAGCUCGGACGACGAGAGCGACUUAAGAAUGGGUAUGAUGAGGCGUGGAAGUGAUUUUUCCGAGAAUUCAUACGAACAUCGCUCGAGGUUCGAAUUUUUUUUUAAAUUUAUUGUUUUUAUUUGUUCAGAAAUGUCGAUUGCCCUCACUUUAAAUUUUGUAUAUCAUUAUAAAUUUUGACAUCUAUCUAGGUUGAUUAGAUUUUUCACAGUUCUUUCAAGCUUCUUUUGAUAGUUUUCCGACAAAUUUCCCGUCAUGUUUCAUAUCAUUUAAUUUUUCCCCAGUUUUAGCGUGAAAAUAAAUCAAUUUUUGCGAUUCAGAAACGCGUAUGCGGGCCGCGACACGGACCGAUUCUUCGGCGACUUUGAGGACGACGAGGCUUGCAGCGAGAUCGACGAGGAGCCCGCCGAGUUGGUGCCGAUGGGCGGCGGUCGUGGAGGACGCGGCCGAACCCCGCGCACCCCCAAGAAGUCCUACUCGUCCACCGGCUUUUACGGUAUCAUUUUUUCUCGAGUUAAGAUGGAUAAGAGGGUUUCAGUUGCAGAAUUUAGCCUUUUGUGCGAUAUUUUUGACCAAUUUUUUUUAUUUUAAUGGUUCAUGAAGCAUUACGGGAGUUUUGGUUGAGAAAUUGUUUGAAAAUCUGAUGAGAGAAUGGGAGAUUUUGGCACCUAAUAUUGUUAUUUUAAGGCUUCCUUGAAGGAGAAAGUAAUAGAAAGGUUUCAGUAGAAAAUUUUGAAUUUGCCUCUUCUAGUUUUUUUUUGAUCUUCUUACUGUAAUUGACUAAUUUUUGUUUUAAUCACUUUGGAAUUUUUUUCAUUUUGUUCAUAUUUUCAGCUAACCCGAACUGGCUUCAUAAUUAUUGUAAAAAAAAUUCGAAAGUACUGUUAUAGUCUUUAUUGAUUGAUUGAGCUUAAAGGAAAUGGAGUGAGAAGAAAAUUUAGGCUGUACUGUGAUAGGAAUAUUGAUUUUUUCCGAUGUUUCCUUCAUUAAGCUUGAAGAAAAUUCAAAUAUUAUCAAAAACGGUUUCUAAGGGGUUCCGUUUCUGUUGACCUAUACUGUCUUUCAGAACAAAUAGUUGAUGAUUUACUCGUUAUUCAAACUUGAUCUUGACCUACCUACAGUAACCUUAAGACCCCCCUCGCCCCGCCGAUAACGAUCAAUAUUUUGACACUUUUAUUCCUGUUUUCCAACCGGAUACUCAUCUCUUUUUUUCCUCCUUUUCUUCUUUUUUUUUCGGCCCCGCCGAAGUCAACAGACACGAAGUUUGUCGUGAUCUCUGGCAAAUCGAAAGGAAAAGACGAAGAAAUGGGUCAUUUUCUUGAAUUUUGGGAGGAAAAAUCACAUGUUUUCUCGUGACUUUGAAGUAUUGGUAUCCAUGUUUUUUUUUUCUCUUUCAAGAGGAAAAAAACAGGUAAAGGAGAAGAUUAAAGCACAGUUGUUACACACACACGCACGCUCAACUGUUCUUCUCGUUUCCAUGAUCUGAUCACUUGGAUCAGUGCCAAUGAGCACCGAGGUGUUUGUGGAUUGAUCAGGUCAUGAGCGAUUGAAAAUGACAGAGAUAAGAAGGUUUCUUGGCAUUUUUGAGUGGAAUUUCAAGAUGCCAGAGGCAAAUUUGAGAUGUGGAUGAUGAUUUUUGAAGUUUCUUUGUAAAAAAUUUGACGGGAAAAAGUUUUUGACAGUGUCGAAUUGAGUAAUCGUAAUGCAAGUUUUUUUUUCGAAGUUGAUUUGGAGAAUUUAAUCACGAGAGACUUGAAAACGAUCUUUUUCCGAAAAAAAAUUCAUUAAAAUUACUUCGAAAAUCGCUCUGCUCUCAAAAUAAACCAUCAAAAAUCAUUCCUUCAGACAUUCAUGAACGCAGCUUUUAUUAUUCUCAAGAAAAGCGAUUCAGCUGUCUUUUUCGUUCACAGUCCCUUAGUCGUUUGAGAAAAAAGAAAUUUUUGUUGAAACCUGUUGUUUUUGAGGAAUUUUUCCCAUUGAUUCUAAGACGAAUCCACUCGAAGAAUCAACUCCAACCACUUCUUUUAUCAGGACGAAUUUGCUGCUCUCGAUUUGCCCCGGCAAACAGUUUCCGCCAGAGCAAACGAUGGUCGUUGAUCAUCAUCAGUUCAACGGGGCACACGAAAAUUUUCUUCUUUCCCAAACACCAUAUUGACUCAGAGAUAUGAAACAAAAAAGAAAACGAAAUUGAUUUUCCCAGGGAUAAAAGAAAAAAAGAAACGGCGGCCAUAAACGGUACGUGUCUGGAGGAAUGGUUUUUGAGAGUUUAUUUUGAGAGAAACAUGAUUUUUGGAAAAUCUUUUGGAGCAGAAAAGAUAUGGGGGAAUUUCUUGAAUAGGUUUUUGUGCGUAACAUUUAUUUUAAGGCUUCUUUCUGGUAAUUUUCGGUCGAAUUUCGAAAAAAAGACGGGUUUUUUCAUGAUCAAAAAAAGUCUGCGGACGUUUUUUUCAUUCUAAAAUUCCCUGAAAAAUUGAAUAUUUCUUUUUUUAAUUAGCCAUAGAUUUUUUUCUUCUCAAAAGAAGCCUUAUUUUUUUAGAAAUAAUCUAACUAGAAAAAUGUUUUUUUCUAAAAAAAUAGUUCUCCGAGAGUUGCCAAAUAUAGUGUCCAUGUGUGUGUGUGUGGGCGAGCGGUGUUUUCUUUCGAGCCAGCUGGCUUGGAAAAGGAAGAGACGAAAAUAAAUAAUAUGUAGUCUAUUCACUGAGAUGCUGCUCGUUUUUAGAAAUAUUCCUUGAGAUUUUUCAGGGACCUUUUUGGUUUUCGAAAUCGCUCAGUGAGAGACUGAUAAAUUAUUGAACAAUCGGAAUAUUUCCAAUUUCGCAUUCGUCUUGGCUUGGCUGAUUACGUAUGCAUUCGAUGUUGUGUAGGAGGGCUGGACAAUGAGUAAUGGAUAUAAAUGGUCUCUUUUGUGGACCCCAAGGUCUUUGUGAACAUUUUAUGGGGGGAAAUUGGAGAGCUUUGCUGGGGUCUUUGAGUUUUAUGGCUUUUAGAAGAUUUUUUAGAGCUUUUGGGGUUGUGAAGUUGAGAAAAGGCGUCAUUUUUAAGUUUUAUACACUGAUUAUGUCAUGAUCGUUGUUUGGAAUUGGUUAGUGCUUAACCUUUAUUCACUAAGACCGGUUUAGAGCUGAAUUUUGAAGUCCUAGAGGUAGUUCUUGUUAAAUUGAGCACGAUAGCCUUCAUUUUAAGGCUACCGGUCUACUUUGGAGGUUUUGAAGAGGAAUGUCUUCUCAAUAAAGAGUUCCCAGAUCAUUUUCUCUCUUCUUCAAGGCUUGGAUCGUUUUGGGAGCAUCCUUGGGUUCAUUUUCGGUUCGUACAACCUCAAAGACCCGGCUAGGUCACACAAUAGAAACACCGCCACAAAAUGACCUUGAUCAUUUCUCACGCCGACUCGAAAGAUGUCGAAUGGCGGCUGGAUCGAAUCCGAUAUAUAACCGUCACGCGAUACAUAGUAUCGCAUCUGGACCACAGCGAUCGGUUCUAUUUUUUUGAGCCGCGCGCUUUUGCGAGCAAAUCCGCCCCAACAAUAAACACCACGUCAUUUGACCUCCUCUUUCCCACGUCACAACGCCGAAUGAGAAGAAACAAUGACGUGAUGUAUGGAAUGGUAGGGGUCAGCGGCGACGGCGGUCAUUGUCUCCUCUCACCCUUAUUUUUUUUUUGGUGUUUCUGGAAGUUUCUAGUGUUGAAGAACUAACAAGGAAGACCAGCCGAGAAGUUCAGAAUUUUCUAGAAUUUGAUCGAAAGGUUGUGUUGGUCACGAAUUAGACGAUCGUUAUCUAGUACAUCAAAGAGUGUUUUGGCUAGAUCGUUCUAAAGUCAUAGGUGAAAUUAUCGUCGACAUAGAACCAGAAGGGGGAAAGAUUGAGCUGAUAUAUGAAUAUCGAGGAAUUCUAAAGAUCUUUGCUCAAGAUUAAUUCGAUUAGAUUAAAGCUAUCCUCAGAAUUUAUAGCUUUAGUUCAAAAAUAUCCACUCAACUUGUCAAGCCGGAAAUCUAAAAAGCCAAAUAAAAGGAAAAUGAGAACUUGUUUUCGAUAGGAAAUUUGAAAUUUUCGAAGCUUUAUGGACAGCACAAUAGCCUGCAGAUGUUUUGAAACGAGCCAAUCCUCUACGGCUCCUCCUCGUCUUUCGGGCCCAUAAACUCGCAAAGAAGAGGUCAACGGUGUAUACGCCUCACAGAGAGGGAUGAUUGACCGCCUCCAAGGAUCUACCGAAUUAGCGCCUCUCCGAGCGUGGACAAUUUCCAAGGGACAUUCGGCUGGAUUUGGGUGUAACAAGUAGAACAUUUUCUUCUUCCUGACAUUGAAAGCAAAAAAUUUCUCUAGAGCGGCUAGAAUAUAUUAAAUCGAGUUUUGUUGGUUUUAUAAGGUUUUCAGUUGAAUCGGCAUAAUUUAAUUGUGAAUGAGGGCUUCAAUUAUUAUUUCUGUAAGUAGCUUAAGAGAAGAUUCUUCAAACUUAUCGAAUGAUACCCAAAAAAAUUCAAAAUUUUCGCUUGGCCUAUUAACCUUUGAUGCACUCUCCAGAUUGCCGUGUUUGUUUGCUGGUUUAUUCCUUCUCUCCAAGACCAUAUGCGGAAGCGGCAGGUGCGCACAUUCGGCCUUUAAGUGGUGUGAGAAGAGCUUUUGGGACUUUUUCGGUGCAAGCUUUUGGUCAGGAAAAGCUUGAAAAGCAAUAGAGUAACUGGCUUUUUGAAUUUCUGUUUGGAGGAAUCAGAUAGGAAUGGGUUUUACCCUACAGAAGCUCUAAUUUUUUUGAGUUGUCCUUUCAUUUGGAAAGCUGUGGAAUGAAGCUUGAGAAAACUGGGGAAACUGGGAUUUUUCGCAGUUUCUCUGAUUCAGUUUCGAAUCCGGGAGCUUGAAAGAACUGCAUUUGAUUAUGAAGUGGAGUCCAACAAGCUUCAUAAAUGUUAGCUUCAAAAAAAAAACCUUUCUGGAGUUAUCAUCUCAAAGAUCAGAAGCUCAAAGAUCAGAAGAUCAAACGAACAACGUGACCAAUUCAUUGUGAAGACUUGGCAAAGCCGUUUUUUUUUCUCUCUCUGGCGUCGUGCCCAGGGUAGUGCCCCAAAAAUGGUCACAAGACAGAGUAGGCAGAAGAAGGAAAAAAAACGCGUGACUCUCCGUUACUCCCUUGCGCGUGAGUCUGCGGCGAGCCUCGCCAUUCUUCACUAUUUGAGGCGCGUGAGCUGAUGCAAACGCGUGUUUUUUUCCAGGGUUCUUAGGGACCUUGAAGAAAAGAAAAAUUCGGAGAAUGUCUUGGAAGAUGAGAAAAUGGUAUUUUCUAUUCAGUUUUGCCGAUUUUUCGAGGGGAAAUGAUGAAUUUGAUGAAGCUUUUGGGAUUUUCCUGUUGGUAAGGCUGAUUUUACUGGGAUUAGAUGCUUCGAGCUUCUGAGAGCUGGUGAUUCCACGUUGAAAGAGAUAAAAUGGUAUUUUUUAGCCUUUGAAGCUUUUCCUCUCAAUUAAAAAAGUUUUUGAGCAUUCAUCCGAGUUUCAAGGCUUUUUUUAAGUUCUGAAGAGCUUUCGGAGCAAAAAUACGAAGAUUCUCCGGAAACUGAACUUUCGAACAAAUAUUUAGUUCAAAACCUUAAGCUUCAUUGAUAAUAAGGUAUGUAUAUAUUUGAAUCUCUGACCUUUUUCUCAUCCAAAUAAGUUCUAUGAUUCGCUAUUCAAAUUUAUUUCCUUGUUGUUGUCCCGUAGCGGACAUGUUUUUCGGAAAACUUUUUCUUCCUUCUUCUUUAUUUCUCCUUUUUUCUAGAAAAUGGCUGGUCAACAUUGGCCACAGAUUCGAAAGCAUGGAGAGAACAAUGAGAGAUUAGUUAAAGGAAAAUUGUUUUCCUAUAAAUCCAACUGUUUGUCGUUUCCCCUCCCCCCUUUUUUUGAGUCAUCUUUUGUGAUUCCAUAUGAUUUAGCAACAAAAAGGGGCAAAUAAAGCAGAAAAACGAUAAAAAAAGGUGCUUAUUGGGAAAAUUGCGAAAUGCUUGUUCAGCGUAAUGUGUGUACGGAUUGUGAAAUUGUGCAGCUCAGUUUUGAUCUGAUGCAAAGUUAGAGGGGCUUUGCCGGUUGUGAGACUGUUCUCCCGUCUUAUUAGCUGUACUUUUUGAAUUUUCCUGGAAAAUGCGGCCUCUUUCCGGUGAUUUUUUCAAGUUUGUUGAUGAUUUUUAGGGAGGGUUGUAAUUUUAAGGAAGGCUGCAAUAAAUUUUGUAAGGAGAGGCUUUGAAAAGACGUGAUGUUCAUUAGAUGGCAAGGAAUGGGUUCUUAAAGUUGGUACUAUAACUUGAUAUACAUUGGGGACGGUUUUUUGAACCUUAAAACUGUUAAGAAGUCGUUUAAUGCUCCUUUGGGCUUUUAGGGGUCUUUGGAAGUUUUAUAACCUUUGUAGGGAACCAAAAAAGUUUCUAAGGAAGAUUAAAACGUUAUUACUUCACCUUGACUUUAAACUCGAAGGUUCCUAACGGUCUAAUUACUAGUAUUGAACAAUGAAAAAUCACUUUUCUUCUGAAACCCUCAUUCCUUCUCAUACUAGACUUGAUAUGAUCAAUUUUCAGCCUUGAGUUCACAAUUUUUGCAGACUUCUACAAGCUGACGGACGAGCACUUGGGUGCUGGGGCCUACGCGAGCGUCAAGACCUGCACCUCGCUCACCACCGGCAAAGAAUACGCUGUCAAGGUACCCGCAAAAGAAGAAUCCCCUCGAAAAAAAACCCGUGAACCAGGUGGUUGACAAGAACGAGGAAUCGCACACGCGAUCCCGAAUCAUGCGCGAGGUCAACACCUUCAACCUCUGCAAGAACCAUCCCAACAUCGUUCAACUCAUCGAGGUGAGGGAAGAUCGGAAAUGAGAACUUUUGUUUGGCUCUUUGAGGCGUCUAAAAAAUCUUGAAGUGUUUCGAAUUUUUUCAUUCAAAAGAGAGGAGCUAGGCAAAACGGAUUCAAUGGUAAAUCCAAGUAAAUUUGGCCAGAGUUUGAAAUAACACGACCUUUCGAAGUUUAGGAAACAGUUUAGAGUUUCCAACAAAAGUUAGAAGGAUGACAAAAAUCUGUAGCAAUGAAGAAGGCUUCAAAAGCUUCAACGGUCACUCCAGGAGCUCUAGAAAAUUAGGAAGAUCUAAUAUUUGCUCUUUGGAAGCUUCAGAAGCUCCAAACGUUAGAUCUGAUGAAAUUUUUAAAAAAGGAUUUUUAGCUCUACUUAAAAGAACAAGUUUUGAGCUGUGAGAUUUGUAAUUUUCAUGGUCGGUUGGCCGAAAGAAGCUGUAAAUCACCAGGAAGCGUCUCAAAAACUAAAUUUCCAGACCAACCAUGACUUUUUUUUUCCAGUGGUUCGAAGACGAGAACAACUUCUACAUGGUGUUCGAGAAGAUGCGCGGCGGGCCGCUCCUGCAGCACAUCCUGACGCGCGGCUAUUUCACCGAAGAAGAGGCCCGACGCGUGACGAAAGACAUCGCGUCGGCGUUGAAGUUUCUCCACGACCGCGGUGUCGCCCAUCGCGACGUCAAGCCCGAGAACGUGCUCUGCACGGAGCCGGACCGCGUCUCGCCCGUCAAACUGUGCGAUUUGGACCUCGCCAGUCGCGCUGUCAAGACCAACAGCGCUCGUCAGCAUUUGCCGCAGGUCCUUUUUGCAGACUCUGAAAAGUAUUUCUAGGUCUUUUUGAUACUUUUCAGCUUUCAGAACCAAGUUUUAGUGAUUGGAAACUUGUAGGAGCAUUUUUUGAGCUUGAACAAGUUUUUUGAGUGUGAGGAGAAUUUCUGAGCUUCAUCUUAUCAUUCGAAAGCUCUAGUGCCUUUUAAAGGUUCGUGGGGUCGUUUUUAAUUUUAAAAGCUCCUUUUCACCGUCAAAUAGAACCAUUUUGAGGACAGAGGGGCAGUUUUUAGGGGAGCUUGGAACUGAUUUUGAGAAUAAAUGACAAUUUUGAAGUUGUAGAUUAGUUUGAAGGUUUUUUUGAACCGAUUAUGACUUAGAAACGUUUUUACCCCCCUAGGAUUGUUUUGAAGACGGUAUGAAGGAGUAGUAGGAAAAAAACCAGAAAAAAGCUCACCUAAUGGCUUUUUUCCAGGUGGCGUCGGAGCCGGAUCUCGCAUCGCCGGUCGGCAGUGCCGAAUUCAUGGCACCGGAGGUGGUGGACGCGUUUGUCGGCGAAGCGCUGAAAUACGACAAACGGUGCGAUAUGUGGUCGUUGGGCGUGAUCCUCUACAUCAUGCUCUGCGGCUACGUUCCCUUCCAGGGACGCUGCGCCGACGAGGAUUGCGGGUGAAUAUUUUUGAGAAGUGUGAAAGUGCUUUGAAGCUCUAUAUAGGUGCAUCAUAGGUUACUUUGGCAGCUUCUAUAGGUUUUCGCAAGCUUCCAGGGCUUUUUAGAAGGCUAGGAAGCUAUUAGAACUCUUCAGAAGUCGCUGAACUCAUUUUAAAAGUUUUAGAAUCUUUAAAAUCUCUGAUUUUUUGUUGAAAGCUUGAUAUACCAUUCAAAAGCUUCUUCAUAGGUUUAUCAGAAGUCCAUAGGUUACUUUGGCAAGUUCUAUAGCUUUUCGCAAGCUUCCAGGACUUCUUAAAAGGCUAGAAAGCCUAUUUUGAAGCUGUUAGAACACUUCAUAAAGCGAUGAAUUUUUAGUUUUUUAGAAUAUUGAGAAGCUCUGAUUUCUCGUUGAAAGCUUAGAAAGUCCUUUAAAAGGUUCUAGACCUUUUGAGCUCGUUUUGGACCUUUUAUAGUUUAACUAGAUGCUCAAAAUGAUUUUUAAUCGACUGGUUAACUUUUAAGGCUUUUAAAGCCUUCCAGACCUUUUCUGAAGCUUUAAAGCAUAUUUUAAGCUUUUGAGGAUUUUUUUGAAACUAGAGAGAGAUAGGAGAUAAGACGAAAUUCACAAAGAAAACAUAUCAUGAACGUUAAGAUGAAUUGCUCACUCCCCAAAGAGUUACAGCUGGAUGGACGGCAAGGAGUGCGAAGACUGCCAACAGGACCUGUUCGCCCGGAUCCAACGCGGCCAAUACGAUUUUCCCGAAGACGAAUGGGCGGAAAUCUCCCUGGAGGCUCGCGACCUCGUCUCCCAUCUUCUGAUGAAGAACGUCGCCGAGAGGUUCACCGCUGAUCAGGUCCUCUCCCAUCCGUGGAUCCAGCAGAGCGCUCCGCCAACCGUCUUGCAGACCCCGGGCAAUUUGUAUCGGUGAGUUGAGGAGUGAAGAUCUUUCUGAAGGCUUGAGCAGACUUGUAGGCAGAUAGGAGCUCUAAUGUGCCUUUGUGACUUUUUCCAAACUUAGGGACUCUUUUGGAAGGUCUUAGCAUGUCUAAAUGAGAGUCGGAACUACAUGAAGCUUUGAGAAUUUUUUUUGAGCCAGCCGAAAAAUUGAGCGAAGUCAGAGGAUAACAGAAAGUCUAGAGAAUUUGGAAAGUUCUUCAUUGAUAUCUGCGAACUCUUUUACAGUCUUUAGAUUGUCGAAACAUGAAAAACUGAGUUUAAAAAGCUUUUUGAGUUUUUUGAGACCUACUUCAGUUGAUCCUUUAUGAAGAUUUCUCGAACCAAAAUCAAAAAAUGGGUUUUUUUAGCAAAGACUCGGCUCGCGACGUGCAGCAAAUGACGGAGAACUUCACGGCGAUGAGCCGCUUCACCGGGCAUCUCUCCAGCCGAAUGGAGCGUCUUUCGCUGGAGGAAGACGGCGCCGAGCCCGUCGGCGGCAUGGUCAGCGCCAACAGCGGCGGACCUUUUCUUCUUCUGGGCAACGAGCCGUUCCAGCCGCCAGCUUACAACAAAGGCCGGGCCGAUCCAUUUGCCACCGCAAGCCGUGCCAGUCCGACAACUCCGCCGCCCUCGAUGGAGACGGCUGAUGUGCCCACCGGCGACAGCGUACGUCUUCUUUUUCCGUUGCUCCUCUGAAUGAACUUGUUCUUGUUCUUGUUCUUGUCUUUGUUUUUAUGCAUUUCCUUGUUGAAGUUUGGCCUUUGAGAAGCUUCCACUAGUCCUUCUCGCUUUCGGUGUAGUUAACGGCCUGUCGGUCUUGGUUUGAACAGGUCUUGAGCCAUUCCAAAUGCGACCAUUGAUUUUUUCGGCGGGCACGACUGUUCGUGUCUUUUUGUAUCAUAGCUACUAAAAAGGGGAAAACUUGACCGUUUUACUGUAAAUUUUGUUAAGCCAAACAAAGUUUUUCAGAUAUUUUUUUGCUAAAUUUGGAGUGGUUAUAAGCUUGGAGGCUAUUUUUAAUAGAAAACGAAUAUUUCUUUCCAGUUUAAGGCUCUUUUGGACUACUUUUUCUGUAACCUAUCAUUUCGAGGCGCAUCAUAGUUGCUCAGAAAAAAAACUCUCUUAUGACCUUUUGAAACCUGUCAGAGCCUGUUCGAACGCAUUUCUGUGUCCCUCAUUAUUCUCAGAAAAAUAUCAUCAAUUUCCCCGAUUUCAGUACAGCGACUCGGCUUCGUUCGCCAUGUUCACACCAUCGACUCUUCGCUCGGCUUCUUACUUCACCGGCUCCUAUGACGACGACUUCAUCGUGCCCAACCGCGACGACAUCUCCAUGCUGUCCCUCGAGUCGGCCAACAGCGCCAAUCGGAACAUCGUCGGCGUCGUCGCUGCAGCGGCUGCUGACGUUGCCGAGACCUGCCAGGGCGCCAUGGUAGCUCAUGUCAGUCUUCAGCUUGCUUUUGAAUAUUUUUCAGAACAGUAAGAGCCUAGGGAAGUCUUCUGGAUCGUAAGCAAUAGGGUAAUCAUCGUUAGGGCCUUUUAAAGCAAUCAGAUAGAUUCUGAAGCUUGUAGAACCUUUUGAAACUUGCUAAAUAUUUUGAGACGCUCUUGAGGGAAUAUUGAACUAAGCUCCAUAAUUUUGCAGGACUCCAAGUCGGACCUGCACCAGCAAACUCGCGAAACUGAAGUCCAAGUGUAG